GGCAUGGAUUUGGAAUUUACUCGGAGUCUCUCUUUCUCGUCUGGUCUAUAACCGCGUAAUAUAGACAGACAGCGAUAUCAUCAAUUUCCCCUUUUUCAAUUCAAUUGAAGCAAUUUCCUUCUUCCAUGGCUUACAUUGAACGAGGUGCUGUCAAAUCAAAGCGGUCUUUAUGGCGGAUCAAGACAAUCACUGAUUUUUUCUGGGCCAUUGUGAACUUCAUAGGCGUGUUUUUUGCUACGAUGUUCUCGAUGGAAAAGUCAGAUGACUACAAGAAAGGUUCUGCUGGUAAGAAAUGGUAUGGCGGCGGCGGCGGUGGUGGUGGUGGUGGGGGACCAUCUGGUGGCGGUCCUCGGGGCCCUCCUCGUGGGGGCAUUGAUAAUGUUCGUGGGCUAGAUAGUAUUAGAGGGCGUGACCAUAGUUCACUUCCUGCAUGUGGCUCAUGCUGUGGUUGAUGUGUUAGAGAUCCCAUUUGUCUAUAUUUGUCACAGUUUGUAUCUUGUUUUCUGACUGAUGUAAUAUGCCUAUAGCAAUAUGACUUCCAAGCUAUGUGUGCACAUAGGUUUAAAUAGCAAAAAACUUGGAUAAUAAUCCGUGUCUCGCACUGGUAUUUUGAUUAAAAAUCAUACAAAUAUUUAGUAAA